UCAAGUUCCUCUCUUAGAUACAUAUGACCACUAGCUAGAAUGUAUAAUCUGAUGCAUACCAGUAUACUCGCUAAAUUCAAAUAUUAACGUGCAAGAAUUUCGCAAUCUACACAUCUAAGUCUCCCACACCCACCAUUUUCAACACACAUCAAUUAAUGGAGGUAUAUCCUACCCUUGUCUUAUUAUCCGGUACCAUAUUCUUUUUCUUGUCAUGUUCUGCAGCGGUAGAUACAAUAUCUGCAAAUCAACCAAUCAAAGAUGGCAGCACCAUUGUUUCAGAUGGUGAGACGUAUGAGCUGGGGUUUUUUAGCCCCAGAAAGUCCAAGAAUCGUUACCUCGGGAUAUGGUACAAGAAGAUCUCAACUUGUACGAUCGUGUGGGUUGCUAACAGGGAAACGCCAAUCAGCAUUGCAUCUGCCGUGUUCGAACUCAGUAGAGAAGGAACUCUGCUGAUUCUUAGUGGUGAUAAUUAUACUAAUACCGUGAUCUGGUCAUCCGAUUCGGUGGCAUCUGUCAAUGUAAUUAAUCCCGUGGCACAGCUUCUGGACAGCGGAAAUCUUGUGGUGUGGGAUGAAAAUAGCACCAAAGAAAAUCCCAUCUGGCAAAGCUUCGACUAUCCUGGUAACACGUUGCUACCAGGAAUGAAACUAGGGAAGGAUUUGGUAAAAGAAAGAGAGAGGUAUUUAACAUCAUGGCAGAGCCCUGAUGAUCCUUCUAUUGGUGUGUAUAAAUACUGGUUAGACACAAAUGGCUAUCCACAAAUAUUUGAGCGAAAAGGUUCUGUUGAACACUCCAGGCUUGGACCAUGGAAUGGUCUUGGGUUCCGCGGCCUUCCUAUCGAAAACACGAAUCCAAUUUAUUCCGUAGAGUUUGUUGUCAACCAGAACGAAUUGUAUUAUAGAUAUAAACUUAAGAGUUCAGUUAUUCAAAGGAUAAUCGUGAUGUGGGAUGGCAUCAUACUGCACUUGAAUUGGAUCGAGCGAACACAGGAAUGGGUCACGUAUCAGAAUAUAGUAGUUGAUAGUUGUAGUCGUUAUGGACCAUGUGGUCCUUAUGGGAUCUGUGCUCACAUUAGAUCUCCCCCUUGCAGUUGUAUGGAAGGUUUUGAAGUAAAAGUCCCUGAAGAAUGGAAUGCAGGAGAUUGGUCGAGUGGGUGUCAACGUAAAAAGCCUUUGGAUUGUGGGAUUGGUGGGGAUCAUGGCUUCCAGAAAAUUUCAGGUGUGAAGUUUCCAGACACAAGACGUUCAUGGUACAACCUGAGCAUGUCCCUUGGAGAAUGUGAGAUGGCUUGCAUGAAGAAUUGCUCUUGUACAGCUUAUGCAAAUUUAGAUAUCAGAAACGGAGGAAGUGGAUGUUUGCUAUGGUUUGGCGAACUAAUGGACAUGAGACAGUAUGAUGAAAAUCAACAUCUUUAUAUAAGAAUGGCAACCACCGAGUUAUCAGGCCAAUCAAGAUUUAACAAGAAGAAGAGAAUACUUACUUUGGUGUUGUCAGUUUUGUCAACUGUACUGCUUCUAUCUACAAUAGUGUAUGCCUUUAAAAAGAAAAGGAAAAGGCGCCAAAAGAAAGGACGAGGAAACCGUACACAUAACGCUCAUAAGGAUCAUUCCAGCCUUCAGAGCGAAAACCUUGACGAGUUACCUUCUUUUAGCAUGCAUGAAAUCUCUAUGGCUACCGAUGACUUCAACAUUGACAACAAGAUUGGAGAAGGUGGUUUUGGUCCAGUUUACAAGGGUUUAUUGAAAAACGGACAAGUAAUAGCUGUUAAGCGACUCUCAAAAACAUCCAACCAGGGGCUUGAUGAAUUCAAGAAUGAGGUCAUUUGUAUUGCCAAACUUCAACAUCGCAAUCUUGUGAAGCUCCUUGGAUACUGCAUUCAUGGAAAUGAAAAAAUUCUGAUUUAUGAAUACAUGGAUAACCAAAGCUUGGACUCAUUUCUAUUUGAUGAAAUUAGACGUUCAAUGCUUGAUUGGCCUCAACGUUUUGGCAUUAUCCAUGGUAUAGCUCGAGGUAUUCUUUAUCUACAUCAAGACUCCCGCCUCCAAAUUAUCCAUAGAGAUCUCAAGGCAGCUAAUAUCUUGUUGGACAGCGAAAUGAAUCCAAAAAUAUCUGACUUUGGCCUUGCUCGAAAGUUUGUUGGACAGGAUGGCAUGGCUAGAACAAAGAAGGUGGUUGGAACAUAUGGUUACAUUCCUCCCGAGUAUGCAAUACAUGGACGUUUCUCAAUAAAGUCAGAUGUAUUUAGCUUUGGUGUAAUUAUGUUGGAGAUAGUGUGUGGAAAGAAAAACAGAGGGUUCUCUCAUGAAGGUCAUAGUGAUAAUCUUCUUGGACAUGCAUGGAGACUCUAUAGAGAAGACAAGUCCAUUGAAGUCAUGUGUGCAUCUUUACGCAACUCAUGUGUGGUCCCUGAAGUCUUACGAUCAAUACAUGUUGGGUUAUUGUGCGUGCAACAUCAUGCCGAAGAUAGGCCCACUAUGUUAUCAGUUGUUUUGAUGUUGAUUAGUGAGAGUACACUGCCUCCACCUAAAAAACCAGCUUUUUUCAAUGAAGACAGUUACCCUGAAGUUGUGUCCGUUUCAUCACAAGAGGAAUAUAUGAUAACACUAUUGUAUGCUAGAUAGAAAGCAUGUGAUUAUGUAUGAUGUAAAAUUAAUUGUGGACACUUCUAUUCAUCCCCUUCAUUACUUGCUUUAGUUUUCUCCUUUCCACAUUGUAAUCAUGGAUUCCAUGAAUUUAACUGUUCAAAUAAGUGUUUAAGAUAGUAGCAUGAUAGGGCUUU